AUACUUUGGAGAACAGACUCCUUCUGACCUGGGGCAGGUGGCUGGGCUGGGGGAGGCCCCAGGGCAGGUGGCAGUGUGUUACAGGGCCCUUCGUGACACGAUGGGCAUCGCCGAUGGCAUGGAACAGGAUAGGCUGUCACAGGGCCUUUGUGACACGUGAGGACUUAGUACUGGUGGUGACGUGGCCACGCCUCAGUGCUCCUCGGAGCAUGCGACGGGACAGACGGGAUAGAGCGGUGCUGUGUGGAGCCCCCACGCAGUCAACUCCUUCCUUUCUGACCCGGAGCGUUUUGGUGGUGUUUCUGUGGUGCAGGUGUCCUCAAGGCCAGACCGUGGGAGUUGGUGACACGGAGCUUUGGCAAGGUGUCCCCAAUCCCUGUGGCAAGUGCCCUUGAGGCCGAGCUGCACAACUUGCUAACCCAUAGCGUUUCCUAGGCUUUUCUCUCAUUCAGUUGCUCUCGAGGCCAGACCGCAGGAUUGGUGACCCGGAAAUUUUCCGGGGAGUCUCCAAUCCCUGCGGAAGGUGGCCUCGAGGGCAGCCUGCAGGACUUGGUGACCCGGAGAUCUUCCGAGGUGUCUCUCUCUCUUGCGGGUACCCUCAAGACCAGACUGUGGGAUGGUAGGAAGACGCCUGAGCCUACUCAGGCCCUUUCGGAAGAAGAAGGAAGGCCCCAGGACUACCCGAGCACAGCAACCUGAAGAGGUGGAGCCGUUCCAGCCCCUGCAGGAGGAUCCAGGCCAGAACCGGACACAAGAGCAGGACUGUGUCCGUGGCCGCAUCCACAGAGCUGAUCAGAGAGUGCGGAAAUCCAUGGGCAUUCAGCGUAGAAAGACCAGGACAUCACCAACCAAGGUCAUGGCACAGCCUGACCCUACACCGACUGAGCUCAAGGCACACCCUGAUGUCGGCACCGCAUCAAUUGAUGGCACAGCAAACUGUGACAUGGCAGUGACCGAUUACUUGACAAACUCCAACACGGCACUGCCUGAGCUCACCAUAGAGGCUGAUCGUGCAGGGACUGAGGGCAUUGCAGAUGAUGACAGCAUACCUGUUGAGUACCUGCCCGAUGCUCCCAGCCUGGAUGCUCUUUGGGAGAGAGUUCUCUCUGCUCAAGUAGCCAUGGACCCAGACAGAGAAACGGAGCGGAGACCCCCCAGAGUGCCCAAGUUGGCCUGGGUGAAAAAAGGGGAGGAGGAAAGCCCUGGGGCUGCCCCAGCACUGCAGCCUAAGAAGGUGGAGCAGUUCCAGACCCUACAGGAGGAUCCAGGCCAGCACCGGACAAAAGAGCAGGACCGUGCCUGUGGCCACUUCCGCAGCGCUGAUCAGAGUUUGCAGAAAUCCAUGGGCAUUCGGCAUAGAAAGACCAGGGCCUCAUCAACUGAAGUCAUGGCAAAGCCUGACCCCAGCCCAACAGAGCUAAAGGCCAGGGCUGAUGCCCCAGGGACUGAGGGCAUUGCAGACGCAGACAGCACACCCGUUCAGCGCCUGCCUGAUGCCCCAAGCCUGCAUGUUCUUUGGGAGAGAGUUGUCUCUGUGGAAGAAACCAUGAAGGCAGACAGAGACAUGGCGCGGAGACCCCCCAGGGUGCCCAAGUUGGCCUGGGUGAAAAAAGGGGAGGAUGAAAGCCCUGGGGCUGCCUCAGCACUGCAACCUAAGAAGGUGGAGCAGUUCCAGCCCCUGCAGGAGGAUCCAGGCCGGCACCAGACAAAAGAGCAGGACCGUGCCCGUGGCCGCAUCCGCAGCGCUGAUCAGAGGGUGCGGAAUUCCGUUCCUGUUCGCUGCAGAAAGGCCAGGGCCUCAUCAACUGAGGUGUUGGCACAGCCUGAGCCCAACCUAACCAAGCUAAAGGCCAAGGCUGAUGCCCCAGAGACUGAGGGCAUCCCAGACUCUGACAGCACACCCAUUCAGCUCCUGCCAGAUGCUCCCAAUAUGGACUUUUCUGGGGACAGAGUUAUCUCUGCUCAAGUGCCAGCUCUGGUGAGGUACAUCCACCGGUGGCUGACCUCCAAUGUGUCUGCUGGGCACGUGCUGGAUAACACCCUUCUAGCACUGACCGAGGCACACCCCAUGGAUGUCGCCAUCACCCUCCUGCGCUGUGCCCCCUCGUGUGACAGAGCUGCUGCAACCAUGUGGAGGACCAUUGCCUCAUCAGGAACAACACUGGGGAAGGUGCUGCCAACACUGCUCCGCGUGAUGGAGGACUGGCCAUGGCACAGCACAUCCACCUCUGAUGGGGACAACACAGCCAUCUUUGCCUUGGCUGCAACUCUGGCACUGUGGAUGAUUCUCCAAGAGCCGCAGUGCCCAGGGCCGUUGAUGGACUAUUCCCCCCAUCUCCUCGUGGCUCUGCUGUUCCAAAUCUUCAUCAGCACAGAGCAGAUGUCAGAGGAGGUCGACACCUUCUGGAGGGGAUGCCAGGAGCAACAUGAACUUCCCACCGAUCCCAACAGGUUUGCAGUGCUGACCGUGAAGGCCCUGCUCCGCUGUCUGCACUGUGAGGAUGUGGUGAACUCGGUGGAAAACAAUCAUGGCUGGGCGAGGCUCCUCAACGCUCGCAGCCGCCGCUACGCAGCGGCUCUACUGGCCAGGGAGAUGCGCCGUGUCUCCAGCCCCUUGUGUUCCCGGAUCACACUCCACCUGCUGGAGCUGCUGCGCAGGGAGGAGCCGUGCUGGGACCUCCCUGCCAUGGCAUUCCUUGUGGAGGUCCUCGACUGCCUGGACACGAGAGAAUGUGGUGACAGGGUCCUGGAGAUCCUUUCAAGGAACUUGGGGAGCACGAACAAAAAGUGGCGUCAACUGGCACUCAGAGUCCUCGUAUCACUCAGCCAGGAUUCCGAGAUGGCCAAGAGCAUCUGGAGACUGAAUGAAAGCCUUGUGCAGCUACUGGGGGAUGCAGACAGAGAUGUGGUUUGGAUGACCCUCUCUUUGCUUGACAACGUGCUCUGGAGCAGUCUCUGGACACAGCUCCAGAAGAGAGUCCACAGCGAAGACCCCCUAAUAUCCACCCCCACUGGCCUGCAGUUGGCUGAGGCACUCCGGCCACUGUUUGACCACUAUGACAGCAGUGUGCGGGAGGGCUCCAUUGUCAUCUUCACUCUUUUGAUGAAACUGAUGGAGAGAGUGGGAAAGAGGCCCCUGAAGCCACACGUGUGCCUGAGCCUGCUCCCGCUCUACUUUCACCGGUAUGAUGAGAACCUGGUCGUGAAAAAGGCCUCUCAGAAAGCACUGCUGGCUGUGACCAGGUUCCUAAAGAGGAGGGAUCUUGGGCGCCUGGUGAACACUGAGGAGCCUUGGAAGUUUGGCGAGUGCCUGCUGAAAAGGGACCAGAGCCAAGUGGCCAAAUACGUGCACCAGGCCCUGCCGUACCUGCAGAGCCCACAGCAGCCCCUGCGAGAGGCAGCCAUCAAGUUCAUGGGGAUCGCCGGGGGGUACCUGAAGGGACAGCACAAAGAGCUACAGCUCAUCAUCGACGCCCUUCAAGCCGUGAGAGAUGACAGGAGCCCCGCUGUCUCAAACCUGGCACUUGAAAACAUCAACUUUGUUAGAGCUGUACAGAGAGCUAAAGCUCCCCCCUCCAGGUUCCAGCAGCUCCAAGACCAGCUCUGCAGGGCAUGGAACAGCCUGCCUUCUCUGUGGGGCUGUGUCUGCUGUAGCUGUGUGGAGAGUUGAUCCUGGCAGCUCUGUCUGUUGGAGACACCUGAGCCUGUGGGGAAGAUGCCUCUUCUCCACAAGCCUUUCUUUUUACCCUAACAUAGGAAUAUUAAAUAAAUAAUGUCAUACACAGAAA